UAAUGACUAAUCGUUUCCUUGUUUCUGAUAUUUUUGUGAAUUUGUUAAUGGAAACUAAGGACAUCUCAAUAUAAAAUAACGGUUUUCUAUCUCUUUUCAUGUUUUAAAUUAUAUCCGGUUUUCUCAAGUGUCCCCUUGCUUCUGUAUGUCGUUUCUGAUGUUUACGAACUUUACUAUUACUUGGAGGAGAUGGCAAAUUAACCAUUAGCAGAAAAAAAAGAAGAAGUGGACUACAAUCUGAAAUGUUGAGAAACCGGACUGAGAGUUUCAACACGAAUUGUGAAGACUCGCAAAAAAAGAUCGUAACAAAUGAAGCAGGACAGAUAGUUUGCAUAGUUCUUUUAUUUUGCGUUUUUGCUGUCACUGUAAUUGGAAACAUUAUGCUGAUAGUGACAGUGGUCAGAAGAGGACAAUUUCACAGAAAGAUCAGUGUAUUUGUGAUAUCGCUGGCUGUGGCUGAUUUCUGUGUUGCUGUGUUAGUGAUGGUACCUUCCAUCAUUCAAUACUUCAUCGUUCAUUCACUAUUCAUGGACUAUGUGAGGAGCAGGCUCUUUCUUGCAUUAGAUUGUAUGUUUACCACAUCCUCGAUUUUACAUUUCACGUGCAUGAACAUUGAUCGCUUUGUGGCUAUUAAUAAUCCACUGAAAUACUUUACGAUAAUGACCGGAAAAUUGGUGUCAUUGUUGAUAAUAAUUUGUUGGAUUUUAUCUAUUAUCAUUUCAGUAAUCGUUGUUAUUUUAAAUAUGUACAACUAUGAAUGCGAUUUCUCAUUGAUUGUACAAGUGAUACCGUCUGUUAUUGGUUCAGGCAUUUCAUUUUACCUCCCGCUGUUAUUAAAUAUCAUUGCAAGUGUUAAAAUAUGUCUUAAAGUUCGCAACAGAAACAUUUUGUUAUACACCGAACAAGGAACUGGCGAUAAGGCUCUCCAACGCCAGCGACAUGAUCUUGAGGCUAGAGUUACAAGAACCAUCAUGAUAUUGCAGGGGACGUUCUUCGUGUGUACCACGCCGUUUUUCGUGUUGUUGCUUCUGGAGAGUCUCUUCGGUUUACACAUUUCCAACAGGGCAUGGUUUGUGGUAACAUGGCUUGGCUAUUCCAAUUCAACCAUAAACCCAUAUCUGUACUGUUAUCUAAAUACAAGAACCGAAAGGAUGGAUAGAGUCUGUAACAGAACUCGUGAUUUGAAUGUUGAAAAACUGGACAGGAGAAGGAAUACAGGAGAUGCAUAAUACCGGGACAGGGGAGAUCGAAACACGGGCAUGUCAUAAAGAACAAGAUGCUGAAAAUUACAGCAUGUGACGCGUUCAUCAUUUCCAUUCAUAUUUUAUAAAUUUGCGUUUCCAAUAUUAUAAAAUUUCUUAUUUGUA